AGUAGUUGGCAAAAUAAUUUAAAUAUUUAUCUAUUUUUCAGGUGUGUAAAUUGACCGGAUCUAAACGAAAAGUACUUUCCUUAAAACAAAUUUUAUAACUUAAUUACCUCUCUCUCUCUCUCUCUUUUGUUCUAAUCCUUAAAAAAAAUCCUCUGUUUUUGGUAUGUAACGCAUUCUCCUAUCCUUUCGACACGCCAGUAGAUAAGGAGCUUUCAUCUGUCUUAAACAUAUAUUGUAUGUCUUGUCUCUGAAUUUGAUAUUUCUCACAGUCUUGAGUCUUUAACAAGAGAAAAAAAAAAUUCAUGGAGAAAGUUGAUCACCUUUCCGAUGAGAGGAACAAAGCAGAGUUCAACGUCGACGAAAUGAAGAUCGUCUGGGCCGGUUCUCUCCACGCCUUCCAGGUUUCAAAUCGGAUCUCCCGCCUCGUCGCCAAUGAUCCGGUCUUUGAGAAAAGCAAGAGAGCGACAAUGAGUAGAAAAGAGUUGUUCAAGAACACGUUGAGAAAAAGCGUUCAUGCUUGGAAGAUGAUCAACGAGCUUCGUCUCUCUGAUGAGGAAGCACUCAGAUUGAGGUCUUUCAUGGAUCAACCGGGAUUCGUGGAUCUGCAUUGGGGAAUGUUUGUGCCUGCAAUUAAAGGACAGGGCACAGAGGAACAGCAACGAAAGUGGUUGCCUCUGGCGAAUAAGAUGCAGAUCAUCGGAUGUUAUGCUCAAACUGAGCUUGGUCAUGGCUCUAACGUUCAAGGCCUUGAGACAACCGCCACUUUUGAUCACCAGACUGAUCAGUUUAUCAUUCACAGUCCAACUCAGACAUCAUCCAAAUGGUGGCCUGGUGGUUUGGGUAAAGUUUCAACUCAUGCUGUAGUUUAUGCUCGUCUCAUCACCAAUGGCAAAGACUAUGGUGUCCAUGGAUUCAUCGUGCAACUGCGCAGCUUGGAUGAUCAUUCUCCUCUUCCGGGUAUAACGGUUGGUGAUAUCGGGAUGAAGUUUGGAAACGGUGCAUAUAACUCAAUGGACAAUGGUUUUCUUGUGUUUGAUCAUUUCCGUAUUCCGAGAGAUCAAAUGCUCAUGAGGCUGUCAAAAGUUACAAGAGAAGGAAAAUAUGUAGCAUCAGAUGUUCCAAGGCAACUGGUGUAUGGCACUAUGGUGUUUGUGAGACAGUCUAUUGUGUCAAGUGCUUCCAAUGCCAUGGCUCGUGCCGUCUGCAUAGCUACAAGGUACAGUGCGGUUCGAAGGCAGUUUGGCUCACAGAAUGGUGGAACUGAGACACAGGUGAUUGAUUAUAAAACUCAGCAGAACAGGCUGUUUCCUCUGCUGGCAUCAGCAUAUGCAUUUCGGUUUGUAGGGGAGUGGCUCAAAUGGCUAUACACUGAUGUUACACAAAGACUUGAGGCUAGUGAUUUCGCAACAUUGCCUGAAGCUCAUGCUUGCACUGCCGGAUUGAAGUCUAUGACUACCUCAGCAACCGCAGAUGGUAUUGAAGAAUGUCGUAAGUUAUGUGGUGGACAUGGCUACUUGUGGUGCAGUGGACUUCCUGAGUUGUUUGCUGUAUAUGUUCCUGCUUGCACAUACGAGGGAGACAAUGUUGUGUUGCAGUUACAGGUUGCUAGAUUCCUGAUGAAGACAGUUUCACAGUUGGGUUCUGGAAAGGUUCCUGCUGGAACAACUGAAUAUAUGGGCAGAGCACAACAUCUUUUGCAAUGCCGUUCUAAAGUUCAAAAAGCUGAGGAUUGGUUAAACCCUGGAAUGGUGUUGGAAGCUUUCGAAGCAAGGGCUUUGAGAAUGGCUGUUUCUUGUGCUAAAAAUCUAAGCAAGUUUGAGAACCAAGAACAAGGCUUCUCUGAGCUUUUGGCUGAUCUUGUUGAGGCUGCCAUUGCUCAUUGCCAGCUGAUUGUUGUUUCCAAGUUUAUAGCCAAAAUAGAGGGAGAUAUUAAAGGUGAAGGAGUGAAGAAUCAGCUGAAGAAUCUAUGUUACAUCUAUGCACUCCAUCUCCUUCACAAGCACCUCGGUGAUUUCCUCAGCACAGACUCAAUCACUCCCGAACAAGCUUCACUCGCUAGCCACCAGCUUCGGUCACUCUACUCCCUGGUUCGACCAAACGCGGUCGCUCUUGUGGACGCCUUUGACUACACCGACCACUAUCUUGGCUCUGCUUUAGGUCGCUACGAUGGAAACGUUUACCCAAAACUGUUCGAGGAAGCAUUGAAGGAUCCACUCAAUGACUCAGUGGUCCCUGACGGCUACGUUGAAUACAUCCGACCGUUGAUUAAGCAAAAUAUUCGCUCAGCUAGACUCUAACUCCUGAGCCAUAAGCAUAUCAGCUUUUCUUUCUUCUUUUCAUGCAGCUAAAAAGGACCACAUUAUUAUGAUUAUUCGAUAUUUUUAUUCACGCUUUUAACAAAUGUUAAAUAAAAGGAGUGUUGCACACACACACACAAAAAUUCUCUAAUUGAUAAGGAACAAGAUCUCUUGAGUCUUGUGACAGUAAUAAAAAUGUAUCUUUAGACGAAAGUCGCCGUACUAAAUAGUGGCUAACGCUGGUAGAAUCAAA